UUGUUUUCCGGGUUAUUGGGAAGUUGCUGAGAUUGAUUCGCUCCAUGGCCGUCCUGUUUCAGUGGAAAGAGAUCUAGAAGAGAAAAAAAACUCUUCUUUUUGGGGGGGGCUUAACCCCCAAGGAAGAAUUAUUUUCCUUCUCUAGAUAUUCGGCUAAAAAGGCUUCUUGACACAAGGCUGAAUCUGAGCAGUUGCAAGAUUUCUUUGAGAUGGACCCCCAUACGUUUCGCCUUUCCCAAGUCCCAGUAGAGGAAGCAAUUUCUUGGGCUCCAGUGAAUCUACUGGGUGGCUGGUAUAGAAGAAGAUCUGCUUGGUCAACAUCCAUGAAAGAUCCAGAAGCCCAUCGCUUUGGGAAAGAGGACCCAAUUGGCAUCCCUGAGGAGGUCAAGGUGGAUGUGGAUGCCCUGCUGAAAGACAUUGAGGAGCACAACAGGCAGAGGUUUCGUUCCGAUGCUCUUCCUUUGGGAGAACGUCCCUGGCAGACUCUGUUCCAGGUGGGAGAGGCUGCUCAGAGAUGGCUGAGACCACAGGAUCGCACUAAAGGACAGAUUGUGGAUGUGGUCAUCUUGGAGCAGUUUCUGCAUGUGCUUCCUUUGGGAAUGCAGGCUUGGGUGAGAGCCAGGAAGCCAAGUACCAGCCAGGAGGCAGCUCAGCUGGCUGAAGCUUACCUGGAGCAACAGUGGCCUGUGGCUUUUGAGGAAGUGGCUGUAUACUUCACCCCAGAGGAGUGGGACCUUCUGGAUGAGGAACAAAGAAUUUUGUAUUACACAGUCAUGCAAGAGAAUUCUGAGAACGUGACCUCCUUAGAGCUUUUGGUUUCCAAACCAGAUCCAAGACUCCAGACGGUGUGGGAAGAAGGAUUACAAAUGGCUGAUCUCCAGAUAUUCAAAGAAAAAGACUCUAUUGUUAAAGGAAUUGUGAAUUGGGAGGACAUAACGGUGGUUGAAUUGCCAACCCAAUAUCCAUAUGAGACUUUCCAUAAUGGUAAAUCUGACACGGCCUUCCAUAUGAGAGGAGAUGGAACAAUUCAGAAGUCUGAGGAAAAGAGUAAUCUGAGGCAUUCUUUUCCAGAAAGCCUGACUACCAGGGGAAAAAAACAUCAAGAAGAAUUUGAAGCAGAACGACUUCAGGAGCCAACGCAAUGGGAUGUGUUCUUUGAUCCCAAAAUUUCUAAACCAAUGGAGGUCAAAUCUAAAAGACAGCAAGGGCUAUUCCUGGAACUCAUACAAACUUCUAAGGCUGACAAGAAAAUGCCCAGCAGUAGCUCCCAAGUAGGUUCUACUGUAUCAAAAAGGAACUAUCCUUGUUCGGAAUGUGGGAGAAGUUUUGAUCGCCGUUCCAAUUUAAUUAAACAUCAGAGAAUCCACACGGGAGAAAAGCCUUACCCUUGUACUGAAUGUGGGAAAUGCUUUGACCAGCAGUCCAAUCUAAACGUCCAUCUGAGAGUUCAUACUGGAGAGAAACCAUAUGGCUGCCCCGAUUGUGGCAAAAGGUUUAGUAUCAAAUCACAUUUACAUGGACACUAUAGAAUACACACAGGGGAGAAGCCUUAUGAAUGCGAAGACUGUGGGAAGAGCUUCCGUGUGAAAUCUUCCCUAAAUAAGCACCAGCGAACCCAUACAGGAGCUGCCAAGCUCUCCAAACCAUCCGAGAUCAAAUCAGAGGGUCCCCAGGCAAUAAUGCCAGAAGUGACACGUGUUUAUGCAGCUCCCAAAUCAGAAAAAAUAAUUAAAAUUAUGAGUAGGAAGCCCCCUAUAGAAAUCACGGUGUCAAACAAGAAUUUUUCCUGUUCCGAGUGUGGGAAAGGCUUUGAUCGGCCUUCACAUCUCAUCACACACCAGAGGAUCCACACUGGGGAAAAGCCAUAUCUAUGUAUUCAGUGUGGGAAACGUUUUCAUCAGCAGUCUAACCUUAAUGUCCAUUUGCGUCUCCAUACUGGAGAGAAGCCUUAUGGCUGUCCUGAAUGCGGCAAAAGAUUCAACAUCAAAUCCCAUCUACAUGGACAUUACAGGAUCCACACAGGUGAGAAGCCAUUCGAGUGUGAAGAUUGUGGGAAGAGCUUCAGGGUGAAAUCUUGUCUAAAUAAGCACCAGCAAAUCCAUACAGGAGAAAAGCCAUAUAAAUGUCUCUCCUGAGAAGAAAAUCUGACCUAAUUAUACACAGCUCACUCACUCUGGGGAGAAAAAUUGCCUAUGAUCUGAACUUGGGAAAAUAACUUUUGCAACAGAUAAAAUCUUAUUAAGCAUGAAAGAAUUCACACAGGACAAAAUCCUUGCCUAUGUUCCUUUUGGACAAAAUAAAUAAAUCCAUAAAUCCAUACGGAAGACAGGUAUUGGGGGGGCCUAUCUGUGGGAUAAUGUUCAGGAAUGAUUCACAGCAGAACACACAGAGACACAUAUACAUACACUAUAUAUUUAGUUAUAUGGUUAUUUUUCAGUGAAUUCCCUAAGGAACUCAACUCUUGCAAAUGCUUUUAUUGAAUCAGAGGGAAGCAGUGUGCAUUUGGAACUUAAAUAUUUUGCCCUGAGACCAUGGAAAUGACCAACUUAUACUGUCCUGAAGUCCCUUGUUAUUUAAAAUGCCUUCUUUAGGGCUGGCCAAAGGAAAUUAGUAAACAGCAGAUAUUCCAUAUGAAGAGGUUUAUGCCAGGCUGGUUGGCUUCAAUUUUCCUAGGAACGUGGCAUUACCUUCCAGCUAGGUAGUUCUGCACCUCAUUGUAACCUGAAACUUAGUAAGAGCUAUUAAUAUUCUUUAAGAAAUCAAUUUGGACUAUUAGAAAUCCUUUAAGUUAAUUACAUAUUUUGUUUCCACUCAUGCAUGGGUAUUUCACUGAAGCUUGUUUGGAAACGACAUGAGGUGCUUCAGAAAAAUAUGUCCUCGAUCUGGUAACUAUAAGGCAGAAGCGUUUACUGUAAGACUUGUUUUUCAAACCUAGUGGGACUCAAAAGGGGUUGAUGAAAUGUGCAGAGGUUGGAAAAAUGGAACAUUAGCAUAUAAAGUAUGUACCUUCCAUGUCAUGAUACUGCUUUCUUCAGAAAUAUCAUUUGAAAAAAGAAAGUGC